AUGUUGCUCCACUCUGUCCUAGGCCUGAUCGCCUUCCCAGCCGUUGCUCUGGGUUCGUCCUUCACUGCGAAGACAAUUGGUCAACUUCCUCUCGGUACAUGGCUGGAGAAUGUUGCCGUGCGCUCCAAUGGCGACCUCUUGGCUACGGAACUCUGGCCCUCAGCCACUGUCUAUACUGUCGUCAACCCAGCAGACUACAAGUCUGGCCUAGAAAAGCUGGUCACGUUCCCCUCCAUCACUGGGCUCCUUGGUAUCGCCGAGAUACCCAAGAGCCCUGGCAAGCCUGAGACUUUCAUUGUUGUUGGCAGUGAAGCGACUGCUCUUAGUCACUUGACGCCAGGAACCUUUGAAGCUUGGGCUAUCGAGUUUCCCAAUCGACGACACCAACCCAAGGUAAAGGUCAGAAAGAUCAGCGACAUGACCAAGAAGAGCGCUUUUCUCAACGGUGUUGCCGCUAUUCCGGGCAGGUCAGAUGCUGUCCUAGUGUCUGACUCUGUCGCUGGGUUCGUCGGGCGCCUCGACCUAACUACCGGUGUCUUUGACGAUUCGGCAUUUGUGUUCCCCGAAAUGGCCCCUAUCGCAGCUGGUGCCUUCGGAAUCAAUGGCAUCAAGGUCCGCGACAACUACCUGUACUUCACAAAUUCCAACGCUGUCAAGAUAUACCGCAUUGCAAUCACGCCAGCGGGUUACCCCAAAAAGGGAGCCAAGCCUCAACUCGUCGCCGAUCUUUCGAGCGGUGUUGGGUUCUUUGACGACUUCGAGUUUGAUAAGAAUGGCAAUAUCUAUGCUGCCACCAAUUUUGACAAUUCGAUCGUCUUUGUUGAUAUCAAAACUGGGAAAUGGAAAACUGUUGUUGGUGGUAUCCACGAGAUGACGGUUGCGGGUUCGACGGCCGCCGUAUUUAGUUAUGGGGAGAAGGGUGAAAAGACUCUAUAUGUUUCUACAUCAGGUGCACUUGCAAAGCCUGUUGAUGGAACCAAGACAGAGGGCGCCAAGAUUGUUGCUGUGAAAGUCCGUUCAUAG